AUGGAGCGGAAGAGGAAGAGGCCGCCCGAUGAGGAGGGUAAGUGUGAGGGGCGCCCUGCCGCGGCACUGCCCAAGCACAAGAGGAAGCGAGUGGACCAAGCUGCGCAGGCUGCAAAGCCUCCAAGGCUGGAUCAAUCCUCCUCAUCUUCCUCGAGCAGCAACAAUACAAACAGCACGCGCAACAGUGCCAACCAAAGGCGAAAGAAGAAGAGAUCAAACCGAGUGCGGCACGACGUGCUCCAGAGCGUCUUCCCAUCAUGCCAGACGCUGCACCAGUUUCUGCUGCGGUUCAAGGACCAGGCGGGCGCUCGGCCCUUCCUUCUGGCCACCGACACGCCGGCCUAUCGCAACCUUGUGACCAAGGCCGUCGUGGCGGUGCCAGCCAACGCUCCACCGCUGCCCGUGGCGCCGUCGAUGGAGUCCAGAUUCAGAAUUGAAGACAUCGUGCUUCGCGUUGUACAAACCCUGUGCAGGGCGGAGUCUCGCCAUCUCCUGGCCAAAGGCUAUCGCAAGAUCACCGGCCCGUCGCUGUGGCUCUCCGGCUCGGGGUCGAUGAUGGAGGAGGGCAGCGAGCUGCAGCAGCAGGAGCUGUGGUCGCGCAAGGAUCGCUACCUGACCCUGCCCUCCUACGCCUCCCGCGCUCACCGCCGGCGCAGAAAGAUCGAGAUCUUCGAUCUGCUAUCGGCCCACGGCAAGCGCGGAUCCCAACGACGACCGCACAAGCGACGAAAGCUGAACCACGCCGCUGCCACCACCAACACCAAGGCGGAACACGGAGGCCAGGGCUGGUCGGUCAUGCCUCUCCCCGCGCCAACCCACAGCAAAGAAGAGAAGAACGAAGAGAAGAACGAAGCGACGCAGAGACAGCAGGAGAGCAAGAAAGCACGUGGCGAUAUAGAAAAGAAAGAGAACAAAGAGCUCAGCGCAGAGGAGAAGAGGCAAGCCAAAGUGAAGAAGCACAGGAAGCGAGACAGGGCGAAGAGGAAGGAGCGGAAAAAGAUGGCCAAAGCGGAAGAGGACGAACGGCGAAAGAUGAGCGCGGAGGACAAGAACGCAAACCACCCGGCGGCGGGGCUGAAAAAGACGAAGAAGGGAAAGGAACCUCGACUGAGCAUGUGGCGACGGCGCAAGGAAAAGAGAGCGGCAGCGCGUGCAGGCCAAGGCGACAAGAACGUACGCGAAGUCACUGGCGAACAGUUCAGCGCUUUUGCCUGUGACAGCGACGAUCCGGUGUCGGAAGGCGAAGAAGACGGCGGGGUGGUGAAGGGCGAAAUGGGUGACAUGGAGGUGGAGGAGGAGAACACGCCAAUGGAGGAGGACGCACCCGCUGAAGCGGGACUAUACUCGGCUGCACUUUGGCUCGACGACCCACUGAUGAACGACCAGUGGCGGCAAGCGGAAAGGGAGGAGUUCGAAGCGGCCUCAAGGCUGGCUGUGGGGACGACCACGCGGGAGACCAUCGUCGAAGCAGCCGCACCGGCACCGGCACCGGCACCAGCACCAGCACCAGCACCAACGCCGCCGAAACGGCCAACACCUCCAGCACCGCCACCGACGCUGACUCCGAGUCAAGUGCCACGCGGUACAAAGAAGGCGGUGUACGCGAAGCUGCAACGUCAAGGGGACGUACCGACGACGGACACGAUAGACGAAGGAAACAGGAAAGAGAAGACGAAGACCACGAAAGCACCAAAGAGAACGAAAACGAAGAAGGAAAAGAAGAGCAAGUCGAAAAAGAAGAUGCCGACCGUAAGGCAAAAAGCGGCCAGCGCCGAAGAGUUCUACGUUCCCCGAUCUCGCAUCUUUUACGCCAACCCAUCCACGAGCUACUUCGGGCUUCCGCCGAAGCACACGCUGAACCGCAUCAAGUGCACCAAGAUGGGCGCCCGGCGACUGCUGCGUGAAAUGUUCGUGGACAAGGCCACCUACGAUCCCGUCGCCCCGCCGACAGUGCAGCCGCAGCUGCGACGCUCCGAUUCAGGCCUGUUACCGACGCACAAGCUUAAGAAGAUGAAAAACGUUCAUUUGCCUAAGUCGCUCCGCGGGCUGCUGCCCUUGGCCAUGCACAUCAUUCGACGCCACGAGAAGACGAAGAAGACCAAGACCUACAGUCGCGCCCUGCACCGCCACUGCCCCAUCCCCACUCCGCCGACCGCGACCACAACGGCCCCUCAAACGAAGCCUCGUCAUGAUGCGACAGCGACCAAGCGGGCGGCUCAACCCCCAUCAAAGCAUGCGUCUCCGCUGGAUGUCUGGUAUGCCCACAUCAUCGUCAUCGCCGCCAUCGCAUUCAUGAGUGGCUGA